AUGAGCAAUCACCUUUCAGAGCUAUGCAAAGGCACGGAGGUGGGGCCCAUUGAGGAGAGUCUCCGGCGGAUUUUCCCAUCGGCCCUCUCGGCUGACGACAACGACGGUACUAAUAGCACGAACAACAAUGACAAUGAAGUGAAUCAUGAUAAUGAAGAGGAAGGCGGUGUUGAUAAAAAGAGUAGCAGUGAUGAGACUAGUGGCACUCACGCGCAGAUGCGUCGUGUCUUCCGCAGCAUUUGGAGCCACCGCGACGGUGAUGGCCGCACGGCGCUGCAUUGGGCCGUCGCGGUGCGGAACUUCCCGUUGGCGCAGACACUCCUGCGGGGCCCGCACUUUGCCCUCGCCUGCAGUGAAGACACGGAGGGCGUCUCUCCCUUCGCCACGGCCUGCAUGGUCGGCGCCCCGGAGUCGUUUCUCGCGGAACUCCUCGCGGCGUCGGCGGAGCAGCGAAUGUGGAAGUUGGCGCAGGAGAAGAACGAGAAUGAGAAUGAGAAUGAGAAAAAGAACGGAGAUGGUGCGCCUGAGGCUCUGACGAGUACUGGCAAUGAGGCUGUUACCGAUAGUAUAGAUCUGCACAAGGUGGCAAUUGCUGAUCAACCGGAUAGUCACGGUAAUACACCACUUCUUUAUGCCGCUGGGCGGGGGAAUCUUGCUCUGGUGCGUUAUUUGUUACAACUUGGGGCGUCUAUUGAUCAUCAAAACAAACGGGGACAGUCAGCGCUCCAUCGCGCCGCUAACCGUGGAUCACUUGAUCUAGUAGAAGAACUUAUAGCGUCAAGUAAGAAGAAACAUAACAGUGCGGAACAUCGUCGAUGGAUGAAUCUUCAAGACUACCGUGGCGAUACAGCUUUAUUUUACGCCUCAAUGGAUAAUAAUGAAGAAUUGGGACGCUACCUCUUGAGACACGGUGCUGAUCGUGACAUCCGGAACAAGGAUGGAAAAGAGUUUUGGGAAGUGUAA